UGGAGCAGUGUGUUUCCCGCCAAAAGAGAGAAGUCAAAGUCCCAUCAAUAGGCCACCAUACCAGGGGUUUGCAAGUCUGGAAGGGCAGCUAUCGUACUCCCAGAAAAUGGCUUCAUCUCCAUGCGCCGACAAUCCCCCGCCGGAAUCUUCCUCCGCCGACACAUCAGAAAACAACCUUCAGCCAUUCUAUGUUCUCCACAAAGCUUCGCAGCCACUAUCCUCUACUACCAAAUCAAUUCGGGGGAAGAGGAAGACCAAAUCUGUAGGCAAUGAAUCUCAAGCGAACAAAGACGAUAUCCACCGAAAGAUGGAUGCUUUUCGCUCUGUAUGGUUUAGAAUUGAACACUCCAUCAAGGAUGUCUUGAGGAGUAUUAAUGCAGAUGCUUUUGAUGAGAUACGGAAAUGGGUCAGUGAGUCUUUUGAUGCAAUGCGAGAUGGCAUGGUGCCUGAGAUCACCACAAAAGCCAGUCUUUCUUACCCAGUUCUAUAUACGUAUAGUGGGGCUAUAUCUCAAAGAAGAAUAUUCACUGCCCUGGUUUUCACCAAAAAUAUGGAAAUUGUCGACAAUAUAUUGACUUUUCAAGAACUCCGUUUACAAAUGAUAUCUUAUGGAUGCCAUGUGGCUACCAUCUCAUCAUUGGACUUCUGCCUUAAAAAUGGCAAUGGAGGGUGUUUAAGAAGUUUAUUGCGACAGUUUCUUUUGUUAGACAUUGAUGCUGCAGACAUUUCCCUCUUGGCGUCAUGGUAUAGCAAGGAUGGAAAUAGUGAGAAGCCAUUAGUUGUCAUUAUUGAGGACCUGGAGAGGUGCUGUGGUACUGUCUUGUCAGAGUUCAUAAUUAUGUUGAGCGAAUGGGCAAUUAAGAUCCCGAUCAUCUUAAUAAUGGGUGUUGCAACAAAUAUUGAUGCCCCUAGAAACAUACUUUCUUCACAUGCACUCGAACGUCUAUCUGCAUGUGCAUUUGUGUUGAAAUCUCCACCCGAGAGAUUGGAUUCAGUAAUUGAAGCAGUUUUUAUCAAGCAUUGGGCUGGAUUUAGUAUUGGUCACAUGGUCGCAACUUUCUUAAGAAAUUACUUUCUAAGACAAGAUGGGACAGUAACAUGCUUCAUUAGAGCUCUGAAGGUAGCUCUUCUUCAACUGCUUUCCAUGGAGCCUCUUAGUUUUAUGUUGAAGAGGCUAGUUGAUGGAGAAGAAAAUAAGGGAUCAUGCAAAGAGGAUCUUGCUAAAUUUUCACAAACAUUGAUCAGACAUGCCUUUGAACUUCCAUCUUACUGCAUUGAUUCAGGAAAUCGUCAGGCAGAACCAGAUGUUUAUUGUCUGGAAAAAGGGUUAUUGGAAUUAAAGAGAUUAAAUGAUCUAUGGGGAUCUGUAGUGAUGUGUCUCUAUGAAGCUGGAAAGCAUUGUAAAGUUGCACUACUGGAUUUGUACUGGGAGGCACUAAAUCCCGAGCUAUGCAAAACCUUAGUUUCGUCCCAUCAGCAGAAAGGGGGAAAUGACAUGCUGACAAGUAAUCACAGUUUAUCAGGAUUAUAUCAUGCUUCAGAAAAGGGCAAGUCCAUUGAUCAGGUCAUCCUUAACCUGAGGGCUUUACCUACUGCAAAAUUGGGCCAGUUGCUUAAAACUUGGGAAAAGCUUGUUGAGGGCAACAAUGAGGUUCAAAUGAAAAUUGAAGAAUUGCAGUCAUUGGUGCAAAAUGCAGAUAAGAUGCAUUCUAAGAGAGAACCAACAGAUUUAUCAAAGAGAUAUAUAUCCCAGGGCAGAAUGAAAAUGGAAAAAGAUGGGGGUGUAUUGAAUGAGAGAGCCCUAAAUUUGGCUUGUGACAUGAUGAGGAAAUUCAUGCAGCCAGUUGAGUCUCUACCAUUUCAUGAAAUUGUGUGCUUCAAAGAUGUUGACAAGCUGCAAUCAGCUUUGACAGGAGACCCAAGGAGAAGAAUCCAAAGAGAUCUUCUAGAAUUCCAAAGAAUACUGAAGUGUAGUUGCUGCAGCAAGGCUGGGAUUUUACUGUCACCAUCCAUGCAUGAUACCUCAAUCAUGUAUACACUGGCUCAAGAGCAUGGCGAUCUCAUCAACCUCCACGACUGGUUUCAGUCUUUUAAGGCCACUGUUUCUUGCCAGAAACAACGAUCAAAGCAGCUUCCUUCACCAAAAAAGAGAAAAGUUUCAAGCAUUCCUCAAAACAAAUCUGAAGCAUCGAUACAAGCAAGGUUUUGCAGGGCCAUAAUUGAGCUGCAGAUAGCAGGCUUACUUCGGGCACCCAGCAAAAGGCGUCCUGAUUAUGUUCAAAGGGUAGCCUUCGGGUUGUAACUUUUAAUUUAGAUAAACUUGAUUGAACUGUGCAACUCAAGAAAGUUGGAGAGAAAAAAGAUUGUAGUGUUUCAGUUCGUACAUCAUGUACGGUACAUGUUUCUAUCACGCGCGUAAAAAUUUAAUUGGAAAGAUUGAGGAAACUCCAAUCCGGCCCAUCCCCAGCUGGCUGAAGUGAUACUUUGAAGCCAGGCCAGCAUAUCUUCUAAGAGGGUACUAGCAUUGUAAUUGUCCCCGUGAUGGCCGUGAACAAAGCAUUUUUCACGUUUACUACUUUAUUCUUGCAUCAAGUAAAUUCCUGCAUUCCUAAUUUAGUAGUGUUAUUUGUGCAUAUUUUUUGUAAGAAAGAUAUAGUCAUAUAUAUGUUCCAAAUCAAGAGUAGGGGUGGACCGGGUCCGGGUCGGCCCGGGAUUUGGGCGAGACGGGGUUUGGGAAUUGAAGGCCCGGUAGUCCGGUACUAGGCUCGGUUGGUUCCGGGCCGGGUCGGGUCUAGUUUUUUUUUUAAUUUUGUUUUUCUUAUUUACUCCUAUCCCCACCCCCCAAACCACCUAGCCCAACCACCUUAGUACCCAAUCCAUUCGAAAAAAAACAAUUUGGGCCCGGGCCAGUCCCUGACCGGCCGGGCCGGACCACCAAAUACCAAUCCCGUAGCCCGCCCCAAAGCCCCCAGUUCUGCCCCCCGGUCCUGGUCGCCAGGGUCGGGCCGGGCUGGCACCACAUAGUAGCGGCACGAGCUGGGUUCCGGGCCAGUCCAUUCCUAAUCAAGAAUAUAGUGCCUAAAUGGCCUAAUCAAGAGUAUAGUUUCAUUAUAGUUUAAUCCUAGUUACAUUUUAAUGUUCUUUUCUACUUCAUAUUAGUUAAAUA